AUGUUAGGAGACAUGAACAUUCCUUUGAUGAUAUGCGACAAAAAACAGACAUCUGUAGAUACGACGAAGGUAUUCUCGACUACAGGAAAAUUUGCUACACGAGAAGAGGCGACUAGGUGGAUUAGGGAGGUUGGAAUAAAAAAUGGAGUCACUGUUGUUAUAACUCAUUCAGACAUCAAAACUGGCAAGAGAGGAAGAAGUGACAAAGUUAUAUUUGGUUAUGAUAGAGGUGGAAAAUUCAAAGAAGGAGACAGUGAAACACAAAGUGCUACCUAG